ACUGUCGAUCAUUCGCCGACGCGCAACUGUUCGUCUCUUUCCGCAGCACACUCGAUAAUAUAUUAAUUAAAAUCGAUAUUAUAUUUAUAAUAAAAUACAAACAACAGUGUAACCGUAAUUUAUCUAAUAUCGUUACAUUAUCUAAAUUUACGCGAUACAAAUAUUAAUAAAAAUAAAUAUUCAACAAUAAUAUCGUCGUUGCAAAAACAAAUACCUCGUAUCUUCAAAUAAAAUCAAUAAUGAGUGMUAUAUAUCAAAUUUUUCAGAAAAACAAYCACAUGGUUUAGUGUAAAUACCAUCAUGUAAAAUUCACAAAAUUUAAAUAGAAUAUAAACAUUGAAACUGUUGUGUUAUUGUUUAAUCAACAAAAUAAAACACUAGACAAAUUAUUAGUUUUUUGUGCCUUGUGAAAAAUUUACAUUUUGAGAUACGUGGUAUUGUAUUGGCAACGAAGACAUUAUAUAUUGGUAAAUAUACGUCAACAACACAACCAACCAGCACCAUAGAAGACAUCGACGACAAACGAGAGGAAACGAAAUAAAAAGUAUCACUGAAAUGUUGGUCGCUAAAAAGACGAUUACUGCCUUCACGUGCCUGGCGAUGCUUAAUUGCGGAAUCUUUCUAGCAAUACCGGUAGCCGCUGAUAAACCACUAUCAUGCCUGCACRCCGUGCCCCGGAGGCUAAACUCCAUACCAGUACACCACGUGAAGGGCACACACUACGAAGUCGGAUACAGCGUCGGACGCACUUUUGGAUCAAUGAUUAAAAAAUAUUUAAGCUCGUAUGAGCCACUCCAGAGUGAGUUCUUACCAAUGUACGCCCAACCAGAUGGGAAGAAGAUUUAUGAAGAAAGUUUGAAGGCUACACAAACAUACUUCCCUCAGUAUGUGAUUGAGCUACAUGGAGUGGCCGAUGGAGCGGAAGUUCCAUUUCACGAGUUGUUCCUAAUGGCAUUAGAUGACACACUACCAAAGAAUUUAAACGCCUCGAGUAAUGAUAAAGGGCCUGUAGGAUGUACUUCACUCAUAAUUAAUCAGCCAAAUGCACAGGUAAAUCAAUAUAAUGUAUUACUCCAUCUGAAGUACCCAGAACUGAACGAAGCCGCUUACAGUAGCAGUGAGUCCAGGGAGAGUCGAUACAAGCAGAUGACGGAAAACAAGACAGCUGCGAACCUCCAGGACAUGUUGGAAAUACUCGGAAAUAAGGAGGACGAUCCAUGGCCGAUAUUUAGUGACAAGUCWGAUGCCAGAGUCAGCACGAUUAAUUUGGGUGAGCGCGUCACAUUAUAA